AUGGCCGCCAUCCUCCUCCUUGACCUCCCGGGCAGACACCCAUGGCCUGUGGUCCUCGGUGUCCUCGCCGCUUGGUUGCUCGCCUCAUACUUUCACUCCUGUGGCAAGAUAUGGCAUACUUAUCGUGAAUUUCCCGAAAAGUACGGCCCUCUGGUCCGCAUCGGUAGCAACACGAUCAUUACUGAUGAUCCCGUCAUUAUUCGGAAACUGGGAGCGCCUAGGGAAACUCACAAGAGGGGAUCAUGGUACAAAGGAGCUCGGUUGAACCCAUACAAUGACCACAUGCUAAGUAUUCUGGAAACCAAGACCCACGAUGAGAGAAAGGCCAAGAGCGCUGGUGCGUACAGCGGGCGAGAGACCCCGUGGCUGGAAGCCAGCGUCGAUGAGCAAUAUCUCCCGUCGACUGAAUCAGCCAAGAGGCUCCACCUUCCACUUGACUUUGCUCAGUUAUCGGCCUAUUUCACCAUGGAUGUCAUUUCCAAACUCGCCUUCGGGGAGCAAUUCGGCUGUUUGAGGACAGAUUCCGACUAUACUGGCUUCAUAACUUCAGUGCGCUCUACCUUGCCCCGAAUUGGGAUGCUAACCGAUCAUCCAUGGCUCCGAGCCAUAUUUUUCUCUCGGCUGUUCCUGAAAUACUUCGGUCCUAAAAUCUCCGAUCCCACGGGCGUGGGGAAGAUGAUGGGGGUUGCCCACGAACUUGUUGUGAAACGUUUUGAGCCAGGUGCUAAAGAUGAAAAAGAUAUGAUGGGCACAUUCAUCUGUCACGGUAUGACGCAGGAUGACUGCGAAGCUGAGGCGCUCCUUAUGAUUACGGCUGGCUCUGAUACAUCAGCGGCCAUCAGGUCGGCUGUGCUUCGCACCAUAACCAAUCCGCUUAUCUAUCAGAGUUUCAAGGCGGAGAUCAAGGCGGCAGUUGACGGAGGCAACGUGUCAAGCCCCAUCUCCUACAAGCAAGCGCAGAAGCUUCCCUAUUUGCGUGCAAUUAUGUAUGAAGGAAUCCGCAUGCGCCCACCAGCCCCGGGAAUAGCGCCCAAGACUAUCGGUCUCUCGGACGAGACCAUGCACGGAAAGUACCUCCCACUGGGGACGCUACUUGAUGCCCCGGCCCGGGCCAAGAUGGAGCAGAACAUCGAGCCCGUGUUUGGGUAUGGGAGGUGGAUGUGCGCCGGGAAGCCGAUCGCCUUCAUGGAGUUACAUAAGAUUCUUUAUGCGGUUGGCUUAACAUUACUUUACACUGACUUCAAACAGUUGUUUCGCCAUUUCGACUUCCAGAUAGUUGAUGUAACGAAACCUUGGAACUCCAUAUCUUAUCUUGGAUGGAUGGAAACCGAGAUGUGGGUAAAGGUGACGGAAACAACUUGA